CAUAUUUCUGUAAUAGAUUUUGUGUAAAGUCCAAUUCAAUUCCAUUCAAUUCGAUACAACAACAACAACAACAACAAGGAAUAAUAUGUCCCUCUGUAUUGAUAAUCAGCCUUCUCCCUCAACGAAACCUUCUCAAAAGUCUGUCCAGUUUGACAUGCAGUUGGAUAUCGUCUACACUUAUUCGGCUACUGAUUAUGAUCGCGGAGGAAUCUUGCCCUUUCCCGUACUCUACAAACUCAACCCAUCCGUACUCUCUCCUACCCAACACCGUCCAGUCCAGAAACCAAAGCUAUCACUAGCCAUUCCAGCAGCAGAAGAUAUCUACUGUGAUUCUGAGGAAGACAGUGCCAGCUCUACCGGCUCACUCUCCUCAGUCGGCAGUGUAGACAGUUUUACUAGCUCUCCAAGAAGACAAUUACGACCAAAGCUAAAGGUCGACACAUCAAUCUGUGCCGGGCCGCUCUUCUUUACAGAUCUCUCUACAAACCAUGUUCGACACAAGGUUCUUGCUGAAGAACAAGACUCCAACACAAAUCAGAAUAUCUAUCUCAGCGAUUAUCUUGUCCCAAUGUCUGCACAUGUUUAAAAGCAAAAGGAAAUCUUGCCAUAUUAAUUACUAUAUUACACAACACACACACACACAAAAACAAGAUAUCCCUUGUUUCCUUUUCUUCAUAUUAUUAUUAUUAUUAUUAUUAUUCCCCUCUUUUAUCACCUUGUACAUUGUUCCAACCAACCCAAAAGAAGAAGAAGAAGAAGAAGAAGAAGAAAAGGGCAAAUUAUACAGCCAAUAUUUUCAUUCAUUCAUUCUUUCUUUCUUUCUUCUCCUAUUCUUUUUACACCAUGUAAAGAAGUAUUUUUUUAUUAUUAUUUAUUAUUUUUAUUACCACUGCCAUUACCACUGCCAUUACCACUACCACUACCACUACCAUUACCAUUACAAUUACAAUUACAAUUAUCACAUUAUUAUUAUUAUUAUUGAAAAAUAAAAUAUAAACUAAAUCAUUAUCCAUUUAUUCUAUUCAUCUAAUCAUAUCUAACCAAUAAAGUCAUUUGUUCUAAAUC